CUUUAGUCCCUUACAGAGGGGGAAAAAGCCCCCACAAAACGUCUCUUGAGAUGAACUAGUGCAGCACCAUUGUUCAGCUGGCUGGAUUUCACACACUACAAUGAAGAUCCUGUUUUUCACUGGACUGCUCUCUUUUACCUCCAGUCUUUGCACUACAGCUUCAGAAUUUUCAUGGAAUGGCUCUGCAAUUAAAACAGUGUCUCUUAUCAAAACUUUUCGGGGAAUUUCAGCGAGAGACUAUGAUUACAUCCCCCCUUAUGCUAUAGAGGGGGAAACAACAACCAUCCAUAUCAGAGAAAACAAAUGCACUUCAAAAAAGUCAAACGACUCCACGUUAGCAGAAGUGAGCAACACCACGCUGGAGUACCUCACCAGCUCUCUGAGCACCCAGCUAAUACCUGCCGUCUACCUCAGUGCUCUGUUACUGGGUGUGCCUUCUAAUGCCAUCAUUCUGUGGAUGCUACUCUUCAGGAUCCGCUCCGUGUGCACCGCCGUCCUCUACACAAACCUGGCUGUCUCAGACCUGCUCUUCUGCAUCGUACUGCCCUUCAAAAUAGCCUACCAUGUCAACGGGAACAACUGGGUGUUUGGGGAGACCAUGUGUCGGGCGGCCACGGCGGUGUUUUACGGCAACAUGUACUGCUCCAUUCUGCUGCUCACGUGCAUCAGCGUCACCCGCUACCUGGCCAUCGUCCACCCCUUCACCUACAAGAGCCUCCCGAAGCGCGCCUACGCCACCGCAGCCUGCGCCGCCGUCUGGGCCGCCGUCUUCCUCUACAUGCUCCCGCUCGCCAUCAUGCAGCAAAGCUAUUACGUGAAGCAGCUGGACAUUUAUACCUGCCACGACGUGCACAGCGCCUGCGAAACUGUGUCCUCCUUCCAGUUCUACUACUACGGGUCCUUGGCUGUAUUUGGGUUUUUAAUACCGCUCGCAACUAUCGUGUUCUGCUAUGUCUCGAUUAUACGAACACUCAAGACUCACGAAUGGUUCUGGUAUGUCAAAGUCAGUCUUUUGAUUCUUACCAUCUUUGCUAUUUGCUUUGUGCCAAGCAAUAUAAUCCUUAUUAUCCAUCACAUCAACUAUUACUAUUACAACACAGAUAGGCUGUAUUCUUUUUAUCUAAUUGCUUUAUGUCUUAGCAGCCUAAACAGCUGUCUUGAUCCUUUCCUUUAUUUUCUGAUGUCAAAAAUUAGAAGUCAAUCCAAUAUUUAUCUGACAAUGGUUAAAAUAUCCAGGGAAAAAUGA